CAUUAGAAUGUUGAUGAAAGAAGUUCUAUUUAAAAUUAUACAUUUAAUAUUUAUUUUUUAUUCUGUUUCUGGUGAAGAGCAAGAUGAAGGUGAACGUGAAAAUGAAUUAACAUACACAACUUCCAUCCGAGCCUUGGCUGAGUUGCGAGAUAUCGAAAAUUCCUAUAUGAAGCACUUAUCAAAUUAUGUAAAUUCCCUUCAAAAGAAAGUUAAAUUUCUAAAAAAAUAUCUAGAAUCUUUAACACGGGAAAAUAUCGACAGCGAGAAAUAUGUGAAAAAUCCUCUAAACAUAUUUGGUCUUGUGAGGCGAUCUCACGAAGACUGGCCCAAAAUUAAUGCUUAUAUUAGGAGUAAUGAUAGUUUCAAAGAUGAUCUUAAUGAAAUGCACAAUUAUUUUAAUCGUACGCCCAAUUCCCAGGAUAUGGAAGAGGCUCUAUGGGGAAUGCAUCGUAUAGAAUCCAUUUACGAUUUACAGGCGUGGGAUAUGGCUAAUGGUGUAAUUUCCACCCACAAACUCCCAAGCCAGAUGUCUGCAACAGAUUGCCUAGCUGUGGCUAACUUUAUGUACAAUCAGUCGGAAUUUAGACGAGCGGCGCAGUGGUAUAGAAUAGCUUUACAUUUUAUCCAAAAAGAAAAGAAUGGUAUGGCUGCAGAAUUCUAUGGUCCUAAGAGAGAAGAUCUUAAGAAAAUGUUUGUGAUUAGUCGUCUUCAAGAAGGUUCAAUCGACGACUUACCAUCUUACCUUGAUGAACUCUCACAAAAACCAGAUAUACCCCUGACCUAUCUAAAGCCAAAGCCUCUACCCACUCCUUUACAAAUAGGGUGUAGGGGGGAGUAUCCCAAUCAGUCCAGAUUAGUUUGUCGGUAUAAUACCACAACAACACCUUUUAUGCGAAUCGCUCCUUUGAAGGAAGAGGAAAUCAGCAAAGAUCCACUCAUUUGGCUUUAUCACGAUGUGCUUUUUGACAGUGAGAUGGCCCUUCUAACCAAAAAUUUAACUAGAGAGGAGAUGAUACAAGGAUAUACGAACAACCAGACAACACCCGAUAAAGGAUACCGAAUUUUCCAGGUUAAAGUCUACGAGGGUGACGGCGGAAAGUUGGACAGAACCUUGGUAAAUCGUAUGACAGAUAUAUCCGGCCUGGAUGUUGGCAAUCAUACUUAUCUGGCCAGAGCGAACUAUGGCCUGGGUACCCACUUUCAGGAGCACAGCGACUAUGUAGAUCUUAGAGAGAAUCCAGACCUUGGAUCUGAAGGAGAUCGUUUGUUUACAUUUCUUUUCUAUGCCAGUGAUGUCGAAAUGGGUGGAGCCACUAUAUUCCCAGCUGCUAAUAUCAGCAUAAAGCCAAAGAAGGGAAGCGCUUUAUUUUGGUACAAUCUCCACAACGAUUGGGAACCUAAUCCUUUGUCACGACAUGCAGUUUGUCCCAUGGUCCUUGGGAACCGAUGGAUUUUAAAUAAGAGCAUGCUGUCUCACCGACAAAUUUUUCUGAAACUCUGCUACAAGUAGUACAUAUAAAAUUUUAUUUUAAUUAAAAAUAUCUUUAAAUAAUCAUAUUAAAGGCUAAAAUGAAAUAGAUUAUUAUAAAAUAAUUCCCAAGUGGAAUUCCUAUGCAAUAUAGUGACAUUCAUGUAAUAAAAUGAGAUCCUAAUACUACAGUCAAGCCACAAUAUGGGCCACAUGACUUCGGUAGAAUAAAAAUAUCAGUUCCAGCCGCCUCAUUA